UUCCAAAUUUGUCUCUAUUGCCUCUUCUCUUCUUAUAUUAUAUUCCACAAAGUAUCAGAUCCUUUUCUCCAUUUUUCUUUUCUGUUUUUUCUUCAAUAUUUGUACUUCCUGUAAUAAAAAUGUGAGCUUUGUAUCCACGGUUGUAUUUAUUUUCAUUUUAUUUGGAGAAUUUAUUUCUUUUUGUGGGCUGAAAACUGAUAGAAAUCCCACAUCUUUCUCAGUGCCCAGAAGCCUUUUUCUCUGCAAAAGUAUAUUCUGAUCUGAGGUAAUCGACUCUGUUUCAUUUUACAAGUCUUCGGAUCAGCUAUCGAAUUUUGUUCACUUCGCACAAUGGCAUCAACCCAGGUUAAGUCAAACAAAAUGAGGCGGUUGGAAUCGAAAAAAUCACAUUCCUGGUGGUGGGAUAGCCACAUUAGUCCCAAAAACUCCAAGUGGCUACAAGAAAAUCUCCAAGAAAUGGACCAUAGUGUCAAAAGGAUGUUGAAACUCAUAGAAGAGGAUGCAGAUUCAUUUGCCAAAAAGGUUGAAAUGUAUUUCAAGAAGAGGCCGGAGUUGAUCAAUCUUGUUGAAGAGUUUUAUCGUGUAUAUCAGUCACUGGCCGAGCGUUAUGAUAAUGUGACUGGAGAACUUCGAAAAAAUAUUCCUUCGGAUCUUCAAUCUCAGGGCUCUGGCAUAUCUGAUAUUGGAUCUGAACCACCUUCUACUGUGCCGUCUCCUGAUCCAAGGCCAACUCAACGUAAAUCUGGGCCCCGUGCGGCUGGUUUUGAAUUCUUUCUCGGCAACAGUGGAAAUAGUUCAGAUUUUUGUACUAAAGGCGAUGAAUCAUCACUACUGGAUUCUGAAUCAGAAUCAGAUGAUUCCUCUAUUAACAAUUAUUCGGGUACUCAGAGCACCGAUGUGGAUCAGGGGAUGCCCCAGAGGAUUAUUGAGUUGGAAGCUGAGCACCGUGAGAUGAAAGAGAAACUCCGGACGCAGCAGAAACAGAUUUUGGAACUCUCUGUUAAGAAGUCAGAUGAUGAAAAUUCUGAAGUUCUUGCUAAAUUAGUAGCACGCGAAGAAGAAUUGAGGGCUGCGAAGCAAAAGAUACUACUCUUUCAAGAAGAAAUCAGCCGUCUGACAAUUGAGAUUCAAAAGUAUAAAUCUUUAGAAGAUUCAAAUGAUACAAGGCAGAAAGAUGCUGAAGUUUUGGAAUCCGAUGUUGAAGUUGAAAGAUAUCAUACUAGAGAGCUUCAGAAAAGUGCAGAAGGAUCAGAAGCGGAAGAUUCGGAGUCAGUGAACAAAAUUCAGACGCUUGAGGAAGAACUGAGAAUUACACGGGCGAAGCUUCGUGAACUGGAAAAGGAAGUUGCCAGUGCAAUGCAGGACCAUACAAGGAAAGAAUCCCGUAUUCAAAUUUUGCAAGAUCAGCUUAAAUCAGCUCAAAAGGAGGUUUCAGUAUGGAAAACUAAAGUCGAGAGAGAGAAAAGAGAGGCUUCUAAGCUGCAAGACCGGAUUGCUAGGUAUAAAUCCAAUCUUGCUGACCGUGAUCAAGAAAUCAGAGGAUUGAAGGAAGCAGUAUCGAACGCUAAUAAGAGCUUAUCUGAAGAAAACAACCAACUUCAAGCAGAAAUAACUAGAACCGUGAAGGAGCGAACUUAUUUAGAGGACAAUCUGAAAGAACUGGAUUUACGCUGCCAAACCUUAGGGGAGGACGUUAGACGAGUCAAGGCUGGAAAAGAAGAGAUGGAAAAUAUGCUUGGAGCUCAAGUUGAGCAGUUGAAUGCAGAGAUAACCGAGAGAAAUGACCACAUAGAAGAAUUAAACAAAAGCCUCAAUGAGCUGAAACUGAAAUACGAUAUACUGAUGGCUGAAAAAGACAAUCUUAAUGCUACACUUGCUGAAUUUUCUGCAGAGAUAAAUUCUAAAGAAGACCGAGUGGAUAAAAUGAACGAUGAAUUGAUCACUGCACGUGAACUGGCAGAAGAUCUUCGUUCACGAGUUAAAGAAUUGGAAAUAGAGGUGGAGAAAAGGCAAGAAAUUAUUAUGGAAGGGGCGGAAGAGAAACGAGAAGCAAUUAGGCAGCUUUGCUUCUCACUCGAGCAUUACCGGAGUGGGUAUCAUCAACUUCGCCAGGCUGUUAUAGGGCACACGCGAUUACCUGUGAUGGCAUCCUAGGUUUCUUUAGUUUCAAUGCAUUCAGAUUCAUCAGUUCCCUUCUUAACUGGAAAAUUCGAGGUCCAUUAUUUUGUUGAAAUCAUUCCUUAAGAUCGUUCCAAAUCUCAUGAGCUGUGGAAGCAUAGAUCACGCUGGCUGAUAUGUCAUUCGAAACGGAAUUAAGGAUCCAUGAUAUCACCAUAUUGUUAUUUCUAAUCCACGAAUUUACCAGAUCUUGAUCAGAAGCAUCCGGUUCCUUCAUGGAUCCAUCGAUGAACGAGAGCUUAUUCUUAAUGGUCAAAGCAAUGGUCAUUGCACGGCUCCAGUUCCUUCAUGGAUCCAUCGAUGAACAAGAGCUUAUUCUUAAUGGUCAAAGAAUGGUCAUUGCACGGCUCCAGGCGGCAUAGUUUUCUCCCACGACCUGCUAAGCUGCACCAACCCAGGGCUAUUCGAGUGGUGUAAGAAAUAUGGAUUGGAAGGUUCGUCAAUGGUCGAUUUGCUAACAACCGGCCUUGAACCAGAACCAUUCUCUGAUUGAUUUUGCUCCAUUGUAGAUCAGAAUUACAAUGAAAUUAUAGA